AUGGACCCAACCCGCGCUACUGUCGAAGGAGACUCGAUGCGCCACACCCUGACAUCAAGGUUAGGAACAAAGGACAUGAAGCAAGAGUGUAGCAAAAAGAAGCAGGCAGGUACGGUCGUGAAGCGAGAGCUGAAACGAUCUAUAAUACCGACGAAAGCUUCUAUGGGCGAGGGGUCUGGGGCAAACGAUAGUAAAAGUCGAUCACGAGGAGUUGCGCACUCGAAUAUAUCUACACGCCGCCGUAAAUCUUCGAAAUUGCCAAAAUCAGCGGGCGAAGAGGCUCACUAUCUUCAUGAUAUCAGCGUUGAUGCUAAGAGGAGAACCAGCCCUGGCAAACAACGCCAACAUAAAGACGUAGAUCUUACCGCGAAACCCAAGUCCGUGAAACGGCUGCGGAUAAGAAGAUGUCCUACUGUAAAUACACCAGGACGAAAAGCCGCGGAACAGGAAAUGAAACGGAUCCUCGCACCACGCCCAAUCGCCGAAGACAAUGGUACAACUGCGGCCCGCGAAGGGGUACAGCUUGUGAAGCCAGACAUGUCCAAUGUUAACGGAGUCGAAGACCCUGAAAGACAAUCAAACGAAUCACCGACACAGUAUCAGAUCGGAUCAGACGUCUGGACAGUUAUCUAUACUGGACCACAUGCAAAUAGUACGGUCCCCAAACGUGAGGUUGGGACUCGAAGGCACAUUGCGACCUCAAAGAGGUUAAUAGCCAAACAACAGAUUACCGGGGGAAGAUCAGUGGCUACUGAAAAGACCCUGGCUGAUUGUAAACCUGAGUCCUUGAUUGGGCUCGAGGCUAUGGUUCGGCGUAGCGUACGACGGGAAGGCGAACAAGAUACUGGUAAGGCUGUACGGCAGCCUAUGCAGAACUUUUGCGUGCCAUACAAACCAGCGAUAGAGGAAAGCCCGGAUCGAGAACGGCUGGUCUUACAGGCGCAAACACUGGACUUGAAGAGGCUGCCAGUGGACAUAAGCAAAGUUCCUCCCCUGGCUCAUGGACUAGACCGCGUACUAUUCCACAAUCACAUCUACCCCUUACGAGAUGGGCGGUCUGGAGUCUACAAUUUUGACCCUUACCUCGAAAAUAUCAUGCCUAUACAAGACUUCAAUUUUGAUGCUCUCAAUCCGUUCCUUACAUCUUCAAAGGACACGACGAUGGCCCAGCUCGCAUCACAACACAGGAUGCGUUAUACGUGCUCAACGUCUAGUAUAUCUUCUGUCAUGGGCCAGGUUCACCGUUUCUUAUCGUUGAAACGAGAGCUUAACAUCGAAAAGGUGCCGUCUGGAAAAAGACAGCCAACGCCAUUCUAUUCUUCACCCGCAGGCAUCUUCCUACGCUGGAAGAAUGGUUCAUACGCUGUCGAUCCUGACAAGGCGUAUGAUAUGGAAAAUGUCCUAUCGCGCCUGGGCCAUGUCCUAGAGAAAUUACUCACGCGGUCUACCGAAGACUUUGAAAAGUAUAGGUCGUGCAGGGCCAACGAAGCCGGACAUCAGAGCAGAACCGAUAGCGAGAGUUACCAGUUCUCAACCCUAGGCAAAUUCAUGAUGAGAUCGCAACUUGAUUCACACGACCCGCGUCUUCCAGGCACUGGAGUCUUCGACUUGAAGACGAGAGCUGUUCAUCCAAUCCGGCAAGAUGUUGCCAACUAUCAGGACUAUGCCGAUUACAAUAUUCGCUUUCCCAAUGGAACGUGGGAGUCUUACGAGAGAGAGAUGGUGGACUUGAGCAGGGGAACGCUGGUUAAAUACCUUUCCCAAGCACGAAUGGGCAACAUGGACGGCAUUUUUUUGGCAUAUCACAAUGUCAAACGAAUGUUCGGAUUCCAAUAUUUAGGCUUGGAAAUGAUGGAUUAUAUCAUUCAUGGAACUUCAAAGCCUGCACUUGGCAAUGCUGAAUUCAAAUACACAUUUGCAUUGAUAGAACAUAUUUUCGAUAAAGCGACCAAAAGGUUCCCUAAACAGUCAAUACGCUUUCACUUCGAUGCAACUACCACUGGUUUUAUGAAUAUUUUUGCGGAACCAUACACGGACGAAGAAAUAGACGACGCUAACGCCCACAAGGAGCAAAUCGGGCGAGAGAUAGCAGCACAACUAAUGAAUAGAGAGAUAGUGUCUGAGCCUGCAGUUGGAAAGCAGCAACAAAUCGAUGAUAAUGCUAAUAAAGGUAGCCGCACGUGGGCCGAUUUCGACUUAGAAUGGGAGAGUGUACACUAUCGCUCCACUCGAGAGCUUGUAGGCUGGACUGCCAACGUCAUGAACGUUGUCAACGGACAGAGAGUCCUUCGACCCGAGAACUUGGAUUCUGAGGAGCAAUGGGAAGUUGAACUUGACAUCUGGGAGAAUAAAAAUCCACGACACGAGUACACACAGUGCCGCAAGCGGCGGCAUGAGGCAAUUAUGAAGGAAGAACUCAAUGAGGAUUUGGGCUCCGAUGCUCGCCAUUUGAGAGAGUUGGAAGAGCGCGCACAAUACCGCGAGAAAAUGCGGCAGAUCUCGGCCAGCAGUGGUGAGGCGAUGCGCAAGUGGGAAGCCCAAUUUGAGGGCCAAGAGAAGGUUCAGUUCUGUGAGAGCGAACCGUUUAACGCCUUCUGGGCCACGAGAAAGCAGGGUUUAUUGGGUCGGCUGGGCCGUCGCUUCGGGCUUGUAUAG